CAAUUCUCAGCCACACGACGCAUACAACACUGGGGCCACAAGUACAUAACGUGAGGUAAAAUCUGCUUGGGGUUCACUCCACAACUCACCACCAUCCCGUGCGCUCACGACCUCUGACACAACACUUCGACGUCUCUGGUCUGCAAGAUGAGAGCAUCACUGAGCGUGAACUGCAUGAUUGCUGCGACAGUCCUAGUUGUGCUGGUUCUGUGCGACUGCGUAAGUUCGGGGCCUUCAUACCAGAAUGCGCGAAACAAACCGAGGACAAUACGCGGCUUCAAGAACGUAGCUCUCUCCACCGCUAGAGGUUUCGGAAAACGGGACGGAGCCCUCUCGUACCUAGCUGACAACGCUAACACGGCAUCUGAACCAACACUCGAGAGUUUGCCUGUAGAGUGGUUUGUGGAGGAGCUGCGAACUAACCCAGAACUGGCGAGGAUCAUAGUGCACAAAUUCGUUGACGCUGAUCAAGACGGCGAACUGUCUGCAGAGGAGCUCCUGAGACCGAUGUAUUAA